AUGCCAGGACACAGCCACCGCCUUGCUCAUGGGUGCCCUGAGUUGUUCCGCCGAGGUUUUGCCCACGGUGACUUCUGCGGCACCUUGCGCAGCAGGAUUGGAUCUGAAACUCAUUGCAUGCUGCACUACAUGAUGGGCUGCGCUUUGCAGAUGUGGGUUCAAGGGCAUUUUCGGCAAAGCGCUUUGUACUACGAGCAUGGCCUUGGCUUUUUGGCCUUGACUAAAGGCACGUUAGAUGGCUCUGACUGGCCACUGUGGACAGGACAAGUGUUGCAAAAUUGGAAGACCUUCCUGGCUGCUGCUUUUCCAGCUUCUGCGAUCAUUGCCCAGAAAAGGGGCAGCGGAGAGAGUACUUUUUUGUCUGUCGGACCACCAGUUCAAGCCAACAGCAAUUGGUGGACAACAGGGCCUCGCCAAGGAAGCUAUUGUCCACCUCCAGGUGACCAUUUGGAGGGCCUGAAAGACCAGGCCAGCGGCGAGGUCUCUGUGCUUUGUGCCAUACCAGUUGUAUGGCCAGGGGAGGAGACAGCGGCUGAAGCUAUUGUGGAGACUUAUGGCUCUCAAUGUGACAGGCUUAUAUUCUUUCUGGCUUCGCCAGAUGCAACAACUGGCGCUCAAGCCCGACGAGUACUAAGUGGACAUUCUUCAGGUGCUGAAGUGGUGGAUUUAGCUCUUUAUUGGCCUGACAUGUUGCGAGACCGCGCCGAUGUCCUUGCUGCACAUGGGCGACAGGGGAUUUCUGGCGCAAAUCAAAAGGAUCUUUUGCUUUUCGCGUACUUGGCCAGAGAGGAGACUCUGCCAGAUUGGGUUUGUCGUGUGGAGACCGACAGCUACUUUUCUCCGGCAAACUUCCGGCGCUUUGUUCAAGGGCGCCAGCUUCAUCCGGAGGAGCCCUUCUAUCUGGGCAGUCUGGCAUACUGGCAUUUGCACUUUGAGCCACGGGUGGUUUUCAAUGAGCAGGUGCAGUGCCUGAGCAGGGUCGCGGUAAAGCGUUUGGGCAGCACAGUGUCAAAGGCACCCUGGGCAGCAGAAGCCUCCUAUGCUCGGUGUGAGGUCGUACCUGGACAUCGGGGUGAUAUAAUGCUGGGACUAUGCCUUGCAGAGGUUGGCAUUGGACCUUUUCCAGAUGUCGCAGAUCGUUGGGGUCGGGAGUACUUCUUGAACUACCAGAUGGAGGACAUGGCACUACAUGCUCCGUACCAUGCGUAUGGCGACACAAUGCCGGAUCCGCGACGCAUUGACAGCAAUGCUGCUAUCCAUUGGCGUGGCAAAGCCCAUAUUUUCAUGCCCUGCUUGGAGGAGAACCAGUUCUGGGCUUCUCCGUACCCUAUCAGCUUCCAUGACUACAAGGAUCCUGACAAGCUGCGAUAUGUGCAUGAGGUCCUCAUGGGACGAGAGCAGUGCCGGGAGUGUCCAGCUGGCUACCAGCUUGCUUCUGAUUUUACUAUUUGGUGUGAGCCUGGUGGCCUGGAAUUUGCGGACGAUCAGCUGGUUCUUGAUGUCCCAGCCAAGGAGAGCAUGACCCCAGAGUUGAAGACCAGAGUCGAGCAAUGGCCUGAUGUGCCGCUGAGGAUGCUGUCGUUCUCCGUUCUUGGGCGGCACCCCACUGGCUUCAUGUCGUCUCGGGGUCGGGCCGAGAUCCCGCCACGCGGGAGCUGCGAUCCAAGAAACUCCGAGAAUGCUCAGCAGCACUCAGUGGUCAUCGACAUCGGUAUGAACCUCGGUUGGUUCACGGCUUUAGCUGCUGCUCAUGGCCUUCAGGUUGUCGCUGUUGAGCCAAGUGCUACCAAGGUUCAGUACAUGGCCAAGACUCUGGAGCUGAAUGGCUGGGGGGAGCUGGUGCAGUUGCGCCACGGGGCUUUGGCAGAUGGAGGUGGAAAGCUCUUUGUAGACGAAGCACGCUGGUGGGAGAAGAGGUCUGCAAGCCGUGAAGGUGGAGAUGGCAAGACACAAGCAGAAGCAAUCCGCUUGGACGAUUUGGUUCUGUCCGAUACCAAGGUGUGCUUGCUAAAAGCCGACUGCCGUGGAUGCGAAACAGAAGCAUUCCGCUCCGGUGAGCAGCUUCUGAAAGCGGGUGCGAUACAGGUGGUGCAGAUGGAGUAUGACAAUUCAAUGGCGUCCCAAGCUGCCCUCGAAACCCUGCAGAGCAUGUCGCCCCGUCCAUGGCAGUGA